AUGGCUUCUGGAAGGCUCAUUAAGUUCGUGGUUUUUGAGCUCCUAGAGUUUGCCGCUUUCUCCAUCCCCACACUCGUGAUCACAGAACAGUUUGCCACCGCCUACCAAGGAACAAGGGCUGGAUCUGACAACACACACUACUGGCUGAUCGUCUCCUGUUCUAUUGCCUAUGUUGCGUUAGUGACACUACUGAUCUGGGUUCCUGUAAAAAUUAUACUGCACAAGAAACGUUAUAUUUACAGAAAAAUUAAAGGAUGGAGACCUGUUCUGAUGAUGUGUGUGGUCCUCACCACACUGCCCUGCCUCACCUUUUCCAUAGCAGUGACUGAGGUUCAAAAGAGCAUUAAAGGGUCCGCUGAUGUCUUACCUGAUAUGUUACCUGACCUGCCCGUAUCUCUGGUUCUGUCAUCCCUGAUCAUGGUUGAUAUUAUUGAAAAACUCAGGAUAUAUCCUCUUAGAGGGAGUCAAAAGAGUAGCGAAAAUGGACACAUCCAUUCAACCUCUUUGCAACACAUAAAAACUGUGACGGAACAAGUGAGGCAAAGUCAAGAAAACGCUGCAUCUCCCCAGGCAGCCAACAGCACCCAAGUGUCGCAGCCAUCAGGAGCCAUGACACGGAGCCAGGUGUCUGUGUUCAUGGGACCCCAGGAACCCUCCUGUGACUCCGGAAUCCUGAGAAUGAUGUCCCGGCGAGAUGUCCGGGCAGAGUUAUUCUUAUGGAGCUUUCUCCUGUGGUCUGACACAAUAGAAAUGGUGCGUGUGGCUGGUCACCCCAACGUCUACAAGUCAAACUGGCUAUACCCAGUCUACAUAUUCAGUUUUAUUUCUCUCCUUCGAAUUACAUUCACUCCCCAAAACCCUCUUCUCAAUUCCCUUAGCGUCCUGCUGCAAGAUUUACCGUUUGUUUUUGUUAGACUUGGUUUAAUCAUUGCCCUGGGGACUAUCACACCCGUACUGGGCCUGUGUAAAAAUAUCCUCGUGACUCUGUCUUACAUUUACUUCAAUUACCUAACCAGACUCAGGUUUUUUUCUGCCUUUGAAAUGUCUCCAUUUUAAAAAGAAAAUGGGAUCUAGGAAGGCCUCUUUGUGAUACCUGUGUGCACAUUUGUAAUCCUUCU